GUCACCCAUCCUUGCUUUUGACAUUUGAGAUAUCUUUUUUUUUUUUUACUUCGUCGGGCCAAGUCUAUUGUGUGUAGCGCUCGUACUUGCAAGAAUAUUCAAAACAUUGAAACCACUCAAAUCCAGGGAUGAAAGUUUUUGGUCGUUAUUUUGUUAGCCAACAUAUGUUGUCAUAGCCUAUGUAGGCUAGCUGAAGACAAUGUUCAAAAAUAAUUAUCAGGGUGGAGCUGUAGUGGAAGUGUUCAGUGCGCAGGGAAAUAACCCUGUCGCUAAAUGGAAACUUCAGGGAGCUCCAGCUUCUAUAAAGAAAAUUUUUGAUAAAGAAGUGAAAGGAUUUGUUUACUGUGUGGAAGGCAGCAGCCAAACAGUUAAAAUGCUAAUUCCAGAGGACGGCAAAACAACCCUUGGACUCCUUCAACGAUUCCUAGUUCUUCAGGUGAAUAUUCCUGAAUGCAGAGACUUUUCCAUUGAGCUCAUAAUAAGCGAUUCAACACAUCUCAAAAAGAGACUAUAUUUCUCAACGGUGCAUAAAGAAUUCUCUGCUACACCUCUGCAUGCAAGGAUACCUUUUGUCUCACUGAAACAAAACAUUUGGAGCAAUUUGUGCAUCGACCUUGUGUCCUUUACGGCCGAGCUGUUCAAGACGGCUGUCUUUCGGACGCUGGAUAGCAUCGCCGUGUGUGCCAACUGUAAAAUACGGAGGAUCUUCACCAUGAAAACAGAGGCGACAGACACCUCCGACGGUGGUGGCAAACGUGGUGACAGCCUUUUCAGUGAGCUUGGCCUGGGGGAGGUGAUCCCACGUAGCUGCCGGUUCCCACAAGACGUCUGCCACGUGACCCAGGUGUUCAGUAUGGAGGGGGCGCGGCAGACGGCAGCCACUAAACUCCUGAACUCCGACUCUGGUCGACACAGCUCCCCGGCUUCAGCAGGUGGGUCAGCCGUUCCCCGGAAACACUCCUCUGCGUCCCACGUAGCCUUCGGCACCCGGGUCUCGCGGCCCCCUCCUCCUCUUCCUCCUCCUCAUCCUCAACAUGCCAGGAAGAGAAGCAGAUCCCGAGAGGAGAUGCACGCGAGGGGCUCCGAACUCAGCCUUCUGCCAAACCAAGGCCGGACCGCCAGGGACAUAAGUGUGAGGUUGUCAGACGCCACUCCUUGCGAUACCAAAAACGCCUUUGAGGACGAGGUAACAGGCAGGACGGGCGGCCUGCAGCCCCACCCCCCACAGGACAGAGCACUUGGCAGACAAAAGCUGCGGCUUCCUACCGCCGGAUGGAAAAAAACCCUGUCGUCAGCCACAGGUACAGGGCCCGCGGCCCGCGCCGUCCUGAGGGGGGCGGCCGGGGAGAGGGCAGCUCGGCCGGCCAGCGAGCCAGGCGGCUCCGGCCAACCUCUGACGCAGGCAGACGAGAUGAGAGGACUUCAAACAGCAGGGUCUGGCUCCUUCGGCAAGAGCGAUGAUGACGAUGAUGAGGGUGACGAAGGGUGCGAGCCCCAGCUCGUUCUCGGAGGGGGGGGAGGGGAGGAAGAGGUGGAGGUGUUCAGGUUCACGUCUCCCCCUCACUCGGCCAGGCGGGGCCAGGGAGGUGUUGACCAGGGGCCGAUGCAGACGAAGCGGGGCCCCGAGCUGCUGAUUGAAACCCGCAGGCGUAAUGGACCCCAACUGGAAGAUGACUUCGUAGGCAGCGAAAGCGAUGAGGAUUCUUUCCCUCGACCUACAGCAGGGCCUGGAUUCAAGGUGGAAAAGGACCAGCUCCACCACAGCCUCCACCAGCAAACAGCUGCUGCUCCCUCCACCAGUCCCUCCACCCCACCUACACCUGAAAAUCCCAAACCCCAGCCCGACUCUCCUAUUCCCUCCUGCUCAUCAUCAUCUUCAUCACCAUCAUCAUCAUCGUCAUCAUCAUCGUCUUCGUCACCUGGUGUGAGCGCUGAGCGCCCCAUGAUGUCCCCCGCCCGCUGCCUCUCUCCCGCCUGUGGCAGACGGAGAUGUGGUGGUAACCAUAGAGACGGCGGUAACCAGGGAGAUGGUGGUCACCGGGGACGCGGUGGUAACCAGGGAUGCAGUGUUAACCAGGGACACGGUGGUAACCAGGGACACAUGACGUCAUCCAUUAUGUCUCCCGCCCGCUGCCUCUCUCCAACCGGUGGCAGACAGGGAAGUGGUGGUAACCAUAGAGACGGCAGUAACCAGGGACACGCUGGUAACCAGGUACACAGUGUCAACCAGGGACCCGGUGUCAACCAGGUACAGGGUGGUAACCAGGGACAGGGUGGUAACCAGGGACAGGAUGGUAACCAGGGACAGGGUGGUAACCAGGGACAGGGUGGUAACCAGGGAUGCGGUGGUAACCAGGGACGCGUUGGUAACCAGGGAGGCGGUGGUAACCAGGGACACGGUGGUAACCAGGGACACGUUGGUAACCAGGGACAGGGUGGUAACCAGGGACACGGUGGUAACCAGGGACAGGGUGGUAACCAGGGAGAGGGUGGUAACCAGGGACGCGGUAGUAACCAGGGAGGCGGUGGUAACCAGGGACACGGUGGUAACCAGGGACACGGUGGCAACCAGGGACAAGGUGGUAACCAGGGACUCGGUGGUAACCAGAAGCAUGGUGGUAACCAGGGACGCGGUGGUAACCAGGGACGCGGUGGUAACCAGGGACACGUUGGUAACCAGGGACGCGGUGGUAACCAGGGAGGCGGUGGUAACCAGGGACGCGGUGGUAACCAGGGAGGCGGUGGUAACCAGGGACAGCUCUGUCCCGUGGGUGAUGGCCAGGCCCAGGAGCACCAGAGGAGCACAGCGUCGCUCUGCAGGAGUUCUCUCCGUGAAGUCCUCCCCGGAGAACUGGUGCAGCACAAGGUUGAAGACGGAAGCCAGGAGCCCGCGGGGAGCGCGAGCGGCGGCGUGCGCCCGCCGGCGGCCAGCCCUCCGCCAGGGCGGGCCGAGGACGAAGAGGAGGAGGAGGAGGACGAGGAGGAGCGGCGCAUGCUGGCCAGUCUGCGCCGGGGGAGCGAGGAGGACGGCGACGACGGGGGGGAGGGGGGGGCGGGGCCCGGGCCCCGGGGCCUCAGUGCCUCCCAGAUCCACCGCUGCGGCAUCAGCAUCAGCAUCAGCAGCGACGACGCCUCCUCCUUCUCCGGCGCCCCCCCUCCUGCGCCUUCGCAGCAGGGCUUCUACUACCAGAAGGAGAUGACCCCCCUCAGGUCCUCAAACCCAAGGUAAGCACACACCCC